GCCAAAAGAUUUAACGAUUUUUCUUAGUGUAUGGAUAUUCGUGUCAGGCUUCGGCCUUGGUUAGAAAGUCGUCUUAACGACGGGUGGAUCGAAGGACUAAAGUGGAUCGAUAGAGAAAAGGGAAUAUUCAGGAUCCCCUGGAAGCAUCAUAGUAAACAUACAUGGACGGAAGAUGAUGCUGCUAUAUUUAAGGACUGGGCUGUUGUUACUGGGCGUUAUCGGGAGGGCAUCGAUACACCUGACUGGCCGAUGUGGAAAACUCGGCUUCGUUGUGCACUGAACAAAGCGCCUGAUAUCCAAGAGGUCAAGCAACGUCACAACUUACACUGUGAAGAACCUUUUAAAGUGUAUCGCUUUGUGAGCAAAACAGAAUCUCUAUGGCGAGCGAAUGCGAUAAGAAAUGCUAGCAUGAUCUUCGAUGGUAUACAGGCAGGAUGUAGAUUCACUUCGUGGAGUGGAACGAACGCUUCUAGCUCUCCAAUGAAUUCUCCAAUUCCGCUUUCAAGACGACCUACGCUGAUUGUCCAGAAGUUGUCAGGGCUCAAAUCGAAUACCCGUCGGUUUGCUGUGAUCCGAAGAGGUGAUGGUGUUCAACACAUCCAGUCCAAUUAUCGCCCUGCUUAUAUACUACAAGGUCACCAGCUUAACCGUAACAAGAUUUAUUACAAUUCUACUAGCGCUAAUGCCACUCAAAGACUGGGAUGCGAUAACGAGAACAUGAACUUAGAUAGUUAUGCUAACUUGUCCCCAUCAAGUUACACUGAGUAUCAAGCUCCAAACAACACUACAGUCAUAACUGGGGGCAUAUCUCUUCCUAACCGUUUUGUCCCUGGGAUUGGUUCAGCAAAUCAACAUGUUCAGUUGUUACCUGACAUUAUGGAACCGGAAUACCAUCAGUUAGGUGUGCGCAUCCAACAUCUAAGUGUCCGCAUUAGAGACACAAUAGUUACCAAUCCUAAUGGUUGUUGUAUUUACUAUGGGAGAUUUGAUGAGAUCAGCUCACCUGCUGCUCCUGAUCCUAUUGAAGCACAAAUUCCACACCAAAUCUCAGUAGCCAACAAGGCCUAUGUUGAUCUCUUGUUGGAUAAUAUGGUCAGGGGAAUCAUACUGACAGUUAUCCAUGGUAGUAUUUACGCUGAAAGAAUAUGCAAGUGUGCCGUUUUUGUGUAUAUUCCAACGGUGGGUGGAGAAUAUAUUUUGGCAAAGAAGCUUGGACGUCGGUUAAGGGAGAAAAUAUUCGACUAUGAUCAGUUUUUGUUUCACCUGGACUCUUAUCGUCAAAAUCAACAGUCACGUCCUCAUUUCGAAGUCGUUCUGGCAUUUGGUCAACAACUAAAGCCUGGGAUAUCUACUGAUAGCCUACUAGUGUGGGCUCGCGUUGCUAGCUGUCGUGCUUGGUUCCAGUUACACAAAAUACUAUUGCCGUAUUACUAAAUUUAAUAUUGGAAGUUCAAAGUGUGAAAAGCCUUUCAAAGUCAAUGGUGGUUAUGCAGACUCAUCAACUCUUCAUCUUCCUGCUAGCAUUUGACUAUUUGGGGUUCUGAUUUUGAUCUUGUUGUCAAGCCUAUCUUAUAGAAAUAGUCCUCUUUUUUCUGUUCACAUUUAUGUAUUCGAAAGGUCAGUUUUACUAUCCCGUAUUUAGUCGGAGUUUCCUUGUACAAUUUAGGGGUUUUAAUAUUUAAAAACUGCAUCCCAAGAAUAUUUGUUGUUUAUUAUAAUCUCCAGAAUCUAUGCACAACUGAGCCCGACCACUGCUGCUACCUUGACGUUGUGGUUGGGCUUGCCUAUCGUGACGAACCAAUAGGGCGACAGUAAGGUGUUUCCCUCAGAUAACCAGCAUAACGACGAUUUCGCCUUCUCACAAAGGGAGGGUGAGGUUGGAAGAGAUCGACCUUAAACUAUACAGCUCGCCUUAUUCCGUGGAUAUUUGUCUCCUGCGGUAAGGUUCGAACAAGUAGGAGCUAACACAAAAAUCACCCACAAAAGUUCGUGUAUGACCCCAAGCAGUUGCCUCUUGGGCACUGCGGUCACGCUCUCAGGUCAAUAAGAUCUCUAACCUAAUUUUCUUUUCAGGUAGCUCUAGAAAAAUCCUUUCACGAUGUGGGCAACGGGGCAGUGAUAACCACCCUCAUUCUUCUAACAAUCAAGAUAAACACAGUUGAACCUGUAUCCACAAUAGAGGAGUAGAGUUUUACUUACGUUUUCAGUUCAUCUGCUAGGCAAUACAAUGCGCAACAUAUAUGUACACCGUUCAUACACUCAGACCUGGUUAUGGUGAGUGUAACAGUGUACAUUUAAAUAAUCCAGUAUGUCCUUCCAUCUACUACCAUAUUAGUGAAAACUCAGAGCAGUCAGAGUGUGUCAUAAACCGUUUUUCUGUAAGUCAGAGUCUGAAUGGAUGCAGUAGUUACAAUGAAAAUUCAGCUGUUUUAAAAACGGAUGAUGAUUCUGUCAAUGAACACAUUGUUCCUACGAUUAAUUUUACAGACUCUUUGGAUCCUGAUAGCAUUGUUACUGAGCAGAUAAUUGAGGAAGGAGUUGAAGUCCCUUUGGAUGAUACUGAUGAUUUGGCGUAUAGCACUUCCGGUUCUGUAUUGCAGGAGAAUCUUAUAGUUUGUGUUGCAUCUCAAGAUGUUUGUUCAGUACCUAUUUGUACUUCAAGUUCUUCAGUCACCCAAGACGUGUUCCUGAGUGGUAUUAAUCCAAUCGACAUGAAAUCCCACCCACUACUGAAUUCACAUGAAGAGAUUACAGACAAAUAUAACUCACGACCUGAAAACUGAUGAAGUUUCCCACCAAACUGUGUAUAGAUUUGACAGUCUCUUGAUUUUAUUAUCAUUAUUAUUAUUAGAACCUGUUAACAGGUAAAUGUGAUAGGCCCGCUAAUAUAUGUUUUUCCAUAUAUGCUUACAUAAAUCCCUUUUGUUAUCUUAUGUUACUGUAAAAUAAAAAUUUUGUCUACUUGUCUUC